AUGGCCGGCCGCCCACGGCUGCUGCUGCUGCUGCUGGUCGUCGCGCUCGCCGAGGUCUCUGCCCGCCAACUCUACGAGGGCGACCGCUGCCCCGGGGGCGGCGUGUGCACGCGGCUGCGCCACUGCCCCCAGCUGCUGCAGCUGCUGCGCCAGGGCGGGGACCCGCCGCGCUGUGGGUUCGCCGGCUUCGAGGCCGUCGUCUGCUGCCCCAGACAGCAGCCGCGGGAGCCAGAGACCGACAGCCGGCUGGCCAGGCCCAGCACCGCCGCGUGCCGAAAUUAUCGAACAAACUUCAAUGAAGUUCCGAAGCUCUUCAUUUUAAAUGGUGAAGAAGUUGUCGAGAAGGAAUUUCCUCAUAUGGCGGCGCUGGGUUAUCUGCGGCGGGGGUCGGAGCGGCCGUCGUGGCUGUGCGGCGGCUCCCUCAUCAGCCAGCAGUUCGUGCUGACGGCCGCGCACUGCUGCACCAACAGGGUCUGGAAGUCUCCGUCGGUGGUGCAGCUGGGCAGCACGUGGCUGGGCGAGUCGCCGCCGGCGGAGGGCCGGGUGGGCGUGGAGCGCGCGCUGGUGCACCCGGGCUUCCGGCGGCCCGCCUUCUACCACGACGUGGCGCUGCUGCGGCUGGAGCGCCGGGUGGCCUACGGCGAGGGCGUGCUGCCCGCCUGCCUGCACGGCGAGCCGCGCCCGCCCCCGGGGUUUAAAGUCAAGCGCUAA